AAAAACGUCUACAAUAAAUAAUGCGUCGUCGGUUCGUUUUCUUAUUAAAUAAUCCUCCGAAACUCAAAAAAAAUUCAACGGAAAAGAAGAAGCGGAGAGAAAAGAUGACGAGCAAGAUUCUGGUGAUCGGGGCGACAGGUUACAUAGGAAAAGUCUUCGUGGAGGGAAGCGUCAAGUCUGGCCACGCCACUUUCGCUCUGGUCAGAGAAUCCUCUCUCACCGAUCCUGUUAAGGCCAAACUCGUCGAGAGUUUCAAAGAUCUUGGCGUCACCAUACUCUACGGAAGCUUAAAUGAGAAAGAGAGCUUGGUGAAAGCUAUUAAACACGUAGAUGUCGUGAUUUCUGCUGUUGGUCGGACCCAGAUUCUAGAUCAGGUCAAUAUCAUCGACGCUAUCAAAGAAGCUGGAAAUGUCAAGAGAUUCUUACCUUCGGAAUAUGGCAACGACGUGGACCGUACGUUAGCCAUUGAACCGGCGCUAUCGGAAUUCAUCAUGAAAGCUCAGAUACGUCGUGCUAUAGAAGCCGCGGAGAUACCUUAUACGUAUGUUGUCACGGGUUGCUUUGCUGGUUUUUUCGUACCUAGUUUGGGUCAGUGUCACUUGCGUCUCAAGUCUCCUCCUACUGAUAAAGUUUCCAUCUACGACAGUGGCAAUGCCAAAGCUAUUAUCAACACUGAAGAAGACAUUGUUGCAUAUACAAUGAAAACUGUUGAUGACCCGAGAACACUUAACAAGAUCCUCUACAUCCACCCGUCCAAGAAUAUUGUCUCGCAGAACGAUAUGGUCAGUUUGUGGGAGAGAAAGAUCGGUAAGACUUUGGAGAAGACUUAUGUUUCAGAGGAAGAACUUCUCAAAAGCAUCCAAGAGGCUGAACCUCCAAUGGAUUUUGUGAUGGGAUUGAUCCAUAUGGUACUAGUGCAAGGUGACCUUACCUCCUUCACUAUAGACCCUUCUGUUGGAGUCGAGGCUUCCGAACUUUACCCUGAUGUCAACUACAUGAGCGUCGAUGAGUUUCUCAACCAGUUUGUUUGAGAACAAACAACAUCCUUUUAUCUCCCAUGUACUGUUUUAAUAAUCUGAGAUCAUUUUAGACGCUAAUUAUAUCUCAAAAAGAGCCUUAUUUGAUUGAUAAAUUUGAUACAACACAAAACAUAACAGGUCCAAGAACAUUAUUUUACUAAUAGACAACAUAAACCUUGAACCACAUCAUACAUCACACAACAGAUGGAACUAGUAGUUUUUCUUUUAGGGGUUAACCUUAUGUUCCCAUCCUGCAAUCACAUACUUCUCCUCAGUCUUCGUUUUCUCAAACGAGUCAAGAGAGAACAAAGCUUUCAUGUAUCCAUGAACAUGUGGCAAGCUCUCAGGGACAGACCAGCUUUUGUAGUGACCAAGAGCGACCUUGAGAUGGUAAAGCUUUGGUGCUAAGCUUAGAUCCACCGCACUGACUUUCCCACCGGCGAUGAAAGGACCGUCAUGAGUCUUGAGAUGAGUCUCAAGAGCUUCAAGCUCAUCAAGCAGGGCCUUCUCUGAUCCGUCGCUGGAGUCUUUGCUCUUCAAGAAAGUCACGAAAGUGCUGAAGAUUUUGGAUCCAACGGAGGCAAACUCAGGAGGGGUUUUGAGAGAUGGCUCGGGGUACUUCUCCUCGAGAAUGCUGGUGAUGACGUCGGAAUCAGAUACCCACUUGUCGUCCUUUUUGAGGACUGGUACUUUCCCUUCAGGACUAAUGGCUAAGAACCUAUAUAAACCAAAGACAGCUUUUGGUUAAGACAAUGGUCAACAGUUAUAAAUCUAGCGACAAAGAACUCUUUUUUUUUAGACAAAGUUAAAAAAAAAACGGAUGAACAAGUGAAACAAGCUUAGAUCGAUUUAAGGUUAUGGGGGGUGAGAGAAACUGACCAUUGAGGUUUGUCGGAGAUG